AUGAAGCUCCAAACCGUUCCAAUUUUCCUUUCAAUAUGUUCAUUUGUGAAAUGUACUGAAAAUUCCGUGACUCCGCCAAUAAGCUCAAUAAAAAAUGAGAGUAGCGGUCCUGAAAAAAUCCGACAGCCGGUGAAAUUAAACCUGAAACAGGGCUUAUUCAUGAACCAGCUUUUGGCGAUGUAUACUUUAGGAGAAGAAUCUAAUCAGCUUUGUAAGGAGCAUUCGAAGGAGCUUAGCGUCGGCCUGAGAGCUUUCGAGCCUUGGGCUUUGAAAAUGUUUGAUUCGUCUUCGAAAUUGCAAGCGGGGAUAUUGGAGGGGAACUUGUUUGAAUUCGGGGCCUUUCAGCAAUGUAUACAAAUUUACAGGAGUACCAACCAUGGGCCAAUUAGGGGCAAAUUUUGCUCGCUUAAAGUCAAACCCGAUAUCGAGCUUUUGCAAAAAAUUCUACAGUUUCGGAACAUUUCCAGAAGACGAUUUUCAAAAGUGCACCAAUUCGUGAGCUCCGCAGCCCUGGCAUGGUCAGUGUGCGUCCCCGACUCUUGCUCAACCCAAGACGUUUUCAGCCACUUUUCAAAAUUAUUUUACAGCCUUUCUGAAGGCUUAAACGUCACAAUUUCGCUCCGUGACAAAGACUGCGUCACAAUCUUCGACGACGAGCCUUUAAACGCAACCGAACUAUCCAUAAUCGUUUUUUUAUUGGGUUUUCUCAGCAUCGUUGCAAUUUCAUCCCUGUUGCAUGUGUUCUAUUUCACGUCAGAUGAGGCAUCAAAACAUAAACUCGUGACUACAUUUUCAGCUUAUGCGAAUUCCAGACGAGUCUUCUCCAAGGGCCCCAAUUCCGGCCUGGAUUGCGUGCAUGGAAUUCGCGUUUUGAGCACUUGUUACGUCGUAAUUGGGCACAGAUAUCUCAUGUUGAUGUUCUUUCCAGUUGUCAACAGUCUGAAAAUUAUGGAUUGGGUUUUGUACUAUAGAAGCACGGCUAUUACCGGAGGAACUCUUUGCGUGGAUACAUUUUUCAUGAUAAGUGGAAUGCUGGUGAGUGUGGGCUUUUUUCAUGAAGUGGAAAAAACGCAGAAGAUGAAUUGGGUGCUUUUUUAUCUGUACCGUUAUAUGAGAAUAACACCGCCCUUGGCCCUCGUUGUUCUUUGGUAUUCGACGCUGGUCCAGCACUUAGGCUCAGGGCCGUUGUGGCACGAAAUGCUGGAUAUUGUCCAGAAACCGUGCCAGGAAUAUUGGUGGGCGACGCUGUUGCAUGUGCAAAACUACGUGCAUCCCUUCCCAUUGUGCAUGACGCAAGCAUGGUAUUUAACAUGUGACAUGCAAUAUUACUUUCUGUCACCGUUGAUUCUUGUCCCUCUUUGGAAAAGUCCAACUUUCGGUUACAUCAAUUUCGUUUUUCUUUACGCUCUAUCAAUCGCGAGCAAUUUUUAUUUUGCUUGGAUCAAUAGCUACGAUGGCGGAGUCCCAGUGACGAACCAACUUUUCUCCACACACUAUUUUCAGCACCAUUACAUCGCCCCCCACACGAGAGCCGCCACUUACAUUAUUGGCUUAGGAUUGGGGUACUCUGUAACCAGAACCAAAGGGAAAAAAAUCGAAAUAAAUUAUGCCACAGUUGCGAUUUUUUGGAUAGUUUCAGUUGCGACAAUGUUAGCCUCUUUGGUGGGCUCACACGCCUUUCAUGAGGAAACUCACGAGUUUAACAAACUCGAAGCUGCGAUUUUCCUCUCUUGCUCGCGGUCGGCGUGGACUUUUGGGCUCGUCUGGAUGGUUUGGGCUUGCAUCCAUGGAUAUGGAGGUCCGAUUAAUUACGUUCUCUCCUCGCACUUGUUUCGCGUGUUGGGGAGGAUUAGUUACUCGAUUUAUUUGUUACACAUGCUGAUGCAAUAUUUAAUGAGUGGAGCUGCGAAGAUGCCGGGCUAUUUUUCAGAUUUCAGUGCUCUUUAUGCUGCUUUCGGUGACUUAUUUAUCAUGGUUGUAAUCGGAUUUGGCUUCACUGUGUGCUUUGAAAUGCCUUUGAUCAGGCUUGUGACAAUGACGCUGAAACAAGGCUCUAAAGUCAAUCCAAGGAAUGAAUAA